AUGGUGGCACCCGCUGUGCUGGUCUUGAUGGCUGCAGCACUUUGUGGACUGUCUGCAGCAGAUAAUUGGGUGUGUGGCUCCCCGGGGGUCUCCGGCAGAAUUGUUGGUGGCACAGAUGCCGUGGAUGGCCAGUGGCCCUGGCAGAUCAGUCUGUACUUUCAAGGCCAGCACAACUGUGGAGGUUCCCUGAUCUCUGACCAGUGGGUGCUGAGUGCAGCGCACUGCUUCAAAGCGCCAGUCCAGACAUCGGAUUAUAAGGUUUAUCUCGGCCUGAAUCAGCUGGAUGUGAACUCGAAUCACACGGUUGCUGCUGAUGUAGCAACAAUCAUAGUAGACGGCAAUUAUACAGACACGGGAUCUGUGGGGGACAUCGCUCUGGUGAAGCUGGCCAAUCCCAUCACUUUCACCCAAUACAUCAUGCCCAUCUGUCUACCCACCUCCUCCGUCACCUUCCCCUGCGGUAUGGACUGCUGGGUGACCGGCUGGGGUGAUUUAAAGAAAUAUUUUUUCUAACUUUUGGCUUCCACGUGUCCAUUUCCAGGGUCCGGACCCGUUAAUGGGAUCCUCCAGGAAGUCAUGAUUCCCUUAAUCGACUACCAGACAUGUGACCAGAUGUAUCAUGUGGACUCCUCCGUAAGUUCUGGCACCGUCAUCAUCCAAGAGGAGAAGAUCUGUGCCGGCUACAGAAAUGGACGGAAGGACUCCUGCCAGGGUGACUCCGGAGGACCUCUGGUGUGUAAAGUUCAGGGUGCCUGGUACCAAGUUGGAGUUGUGAGUUGGGGAGACGGUUGUGCGUCCCCAAACCGCCCCGGGGUGUACACCCUUGUGACAGCCUAUAAAGACUGGAUCAGCGGUUACCUCCAAGUACCAUUCAUCAAUGUGACCGGAAUUCCUUCACCAACCAACACGUGCGGAAGAGACUUCACCAGCACAAAUGUCACAAGAGGUCCCGGAACCGUCAUAGAUAACCUGGACAAUGGAGUGACCGCCAGCCCUUCACGCCAUCACUGGAAUGAGGAAGCUUUACAGAAGAUGAGAUUCCUAGAUAGAAACUUCUGUCCUUCAGAGAGUGAAGACACAGCGAGACUCCGGCCGAUCGCCCCGUCUUCUACAGACAUGGGGGCACUUUCCAUAAUGAUCGCAGUGGCAGCAGCGUUGUCUGGUCUGGGGUCCGCUGCAGAUAACUCUGUGUGCGGCACCCCGGGGGUCUCCGGUAGAAUUGUUGGAGGCACGGAUUCUGUGGAAGGCGAGUGGCCCUGGCAGGUCAGCCUCUACCUGGCCGGUCGGCCUAUUUGUGGCGGUUCCCUGAUCUCCUCACAAUGGGUGCUGACUGCAACGCACUGCUUCUCUCAGUCAAAACUGCCAGAGGAUUACCAAGUUCACCUUGGCCUGCACCAGCUGGAUGUGAAUACACCUCAUAUGGUUGUUUCCGACAUAGAAACUAUCAUCUUAAACAACCAAUACACCAGCACGACGUCCAUCGGGGACAUCGCUCUGGUGAAGUUGGCCUAUCCUGUUACUUAUAGUCAAUACAUCAUGCCCAUCUGUCUGCCAUCUUCCUCCGUCAUCUUCCCCUGUGGCAUGGAUUGUUGGGUGACCGGCUGGGGUACAACAUCGUUUGAGGGGCCACAUCCUGCUAAUGGCACCCUUCAGAAAGUCAUGGUUCCCCUAAUUGAUUCAAAGACAUGUGACCUGAUGUACCACAAGUGGUCCUCUGAAAGUUCUAGUACCGUAAUUAUCCAGGAUGACAAGCUAUGUGCUGGCUAUAUAAAUGGACUGAAGGAUUCCUGCCAGGGUGACUCAGGAGGACCUCUGGUGUGUAAAGUCCAGGAUGCUUGGUACCAGAUUGGGGUUGUAAGCUGGGGAGAAGGCUGCGCCUACUAUUACCGCCCUGGGGUAUACACCCUUGUCACAGCCUAUCAAGACUGGAUCAGCACUCACCUGCAAGUAGCGUUCAAUGAUGUGCCAGAUAUCCCUCCACCAACAAAGACAUGUGGAGAAUACUUCACAGAUGGCAUGGUCAUUGAUGGGGCUGCUAACCUUUCAUUCCACCCCUGGAUGCUCCUGGUACUAGUUGGCUUUCUGCUGACUUACCAAUAA